GAAAAUAAUAGUAGGUCCGAAAAAUCGAAACUUAAAAAAAAAUUGCAGAUAAAUUAUUAUUAAGUUUAUUAUUUUAUUUCCCUGUGAUGGACUAUUUUUAGUUUUUAAUCAAAAACUUCGUACUCGGACGUACCUUUCACAAUCUUUCAACAUGUAAAUCGGCUUCAUUCCACUAUGUUCAAACUUCAAACAUGUGUUGUUUAUUUGUGUCGGAAAAAUGCCGAUGUAUUUUCUAAUUAGGUAAAUGCUAAUGCUGUCGUGAGUUUUCUAAAAGAUGAUGGUAUCUAUGGCGGCUGGUGGGCCUGGAGACCCACAUACACAAAUGAACACUUACCGCAGCUAUGUUACUAUGUUGGCUGAUCCUGGUGCCAAAGAUGAAAUAAAACUCAAAGCUGCGCAAGAGCUUAGUGAAAACUUCGAGGUAAUAUUAAGCUCACAACAAUACCCACAAUUUUUGGACCAUUCUCUCAAAAUAUUUCUCAAAAUACUACAAGAUGGCGAACCACAUUUCAUAGCUGAAUAUAAUAUACAGCAAGUUAGAAAACUUAUACUAGAAAUGAUUCAUAGAUUACCAAUAAGUGAAACUUUAAGGCCAUAUGUUAAGAGUAUUCUCAUACUUAUGUUAAAAUUGAUGGAAAUUGAGAAUGAGGAGAAUGUACUGGUGUGCUUGAAGAUAUUUAUGGAGCUACAUAAGCAAUAUAGACCUGCUUACAGCACUGACGUUGAUAUACAUAAGUUUCUUCAAUGGGUAAAGGGAAUAUAUUCAGAUUUGCCCAACCAUUUGCCCAAAAUCUUUGAACCCAAACCAAUAAUUAGAGUAAAGGAUCUAUCUGAAGUUAACAUUGACCAACUGUUACAAGAAACAUAUACAACAACGCCUAUACACACUGAAAAGAAAUUACUAGAUGGCAGCGUUGUAACUUACAACCUCAUACCUAGAUCAGUGUUAUCACUGAAAGUGAUACAGGAACUUCCAAUUAUAGUUGUUCUUAUGUAUCAACUCUAUAAGCAGAAUGUUCAUCAAGAGGUCAGCAAUUUUAUACCUUUGAUUAUGGAAACAAUAACCUUACAACCAGCAAACACACACAGGCAAUCUGCAUCAUUCAACAAGGAAGUGUUUGUUGACUUUAUGGGGGCCCAAAUAAAGACACUGGCGUUUUUGGCGUACAUAAUCAGAAUAUACCAGGACACUAUAGCUAAUCAUGCCAAUUUGAUGGUGAAGGGUAUCAUUGGGUUGCUGACAUUGUGUCCACCUGAAGUGGCGCAUUUGAGAAAGGAACUAGUGAUUGCUACGCGGCAUAUUCUAGCUACAGAUUUAAGACUGAAAUUCGUCCCGUACAUGGAGCGUCUGUUCGACGAGGAUGUGUUGCUCGGCGGCGGCUGGACGGUGCACGAGUCGCUGCGGCCGCUCGCAUACUCCACGCUGGCGGACCUGGUGCACCACGUGCGCCAGAACCUGCCGCUCAACGACCUGGCCAUCGCGGCGCACUUGUUCUCCAAGAACGUGCACGAUGAAUCUCUCCCGACGAGCAUACAGACAAUGUCCUGCAAACUGCUUCUCAACCUAGUGGACUGCAUAAGGCAACGGUCGGAGAACGAAGCGGGCGGGCCGCUUGGGCGCCGCUUGCUUAUGCGCAUCCUAGAAGUGUUUGUUCUGAAGUUCAAGACCAUAUCCAAGUUGCAGUUGCCAGCCCUAAUGGCUAAAUGCAAACAGACCACAGUGAUGCCCAUCGGAACCAACGGGGGUACUACACCAAGUACGCCGACCACACCAGCGCCCUCUACCUCAACAUCAACCCCCGAAAUAAAAGUCGAAGAGGAGAAGCCCACACCGGACUUUUUGGACAGUAUCAAUAAAAACGAGGAGAAAUCAAAAAUUGGUUUUCCCGUAUCGCAAAUGAACAAUCUGAAUGUAGGUGAUUACAGAACGCUUGUGAAAACUCUGGUUUGCGGUGUCAAAACUAUCACCUGGGGAUGUGCGUCUUGUAAAACAACAACAAACAAUGAGGGCACGUCUACCACAACAACACCAGGGCAGAAACAAUUCAGCGCGCGCGAAACGCUCGUGUUCAUACGUCUUGUGCGUUGGGGGUUGCAGUCUUUAGAUAUUUACACGUUGUCCGCGCCCCGAACACCCGCCCAGCCUCCUGCACAACCUCACGUACGGUCUAAAGAGGAAAAAGAAGUACUUGAGCAUUUUAGUGGUGUGUUCUCAAUGAUGAAUCCUCAAACAUUCCAAGAAAUUUUUACAGCAACUAUAUCUCACAUGGUAGAGAGAAUAAACAAAAAUCCAACUUUACAAAUCAUCGCCAACACGUUUCUGUCUAAUCCGGCGACGUCGCCUAUAUUUGCCACUGUUCUAGUCGAAUAUUUGUUGAAGAGAAUGGAGGAAAUGGGGACGAAUAUAGAGAGAUCGAAUUUGUAUCUCAGACUAUUUAAAUUAGUAUUCGGUUCUGUAAGCCUGUUUCCGACAGAAAAUGAGCAAAUGUUGCGCCCUCAUUUGCAUAGUAUAGUCAACAAGGCGAUGGAUUACGCUAUGACAGCUAAAGAACCAUACAAUUACUUUUUAUUGUUGAGAGCUUUGUUCCGUUCUAUCGGAGGCGGCAGUCACGAUUUGUUGUACCAAGAGUUCUUGCCUUUAUUGCCCAAUCUGUUAGAAGGAUUGAACCGUCUCCAGAGUGGUUUGCACAAACAACACAUGAAAGAUCUUUUUGUGGAGCUGUGUCUCACUGUGCCCGUCAGACUCAGUAGCUUGUUACCUUAUCUACCAAUGUUGAUGGAUCCGUUGGUGUCUGCCCUUAAUGGGUCCCAUACGCUGAUAUCUCAAGGUUUGCGAACUCUAGAACUCUGCGUAGAUAACUUGCAGCCAGAUUUCUUAUAUGAACAUAUUCAGCCAGUAAGGGCAGAUUUGAUGCAAGCACUUUGGCGGACGUUACAAAAUAAUGAAGUCGCAAGGAUAGCAUUCAGAGUGCUCGGGAAAUUUGGCGGUGGAAAUAGAAAAAUGAUGAUAGAACCGCAGAGAUUGGAAUAUCGAGAAACGGACGCCCCUCCACCCGCAGUUCAAGCUUACUUCCAAGAUCAAGCUAAACCUGUCGACUUCGAAGUAGAUAAAGUAAUAGAUACUGCCUUUGCUGCACUAAAAUCUAGUACCACUGAUCCCUUCUACCGUCGGCAAUGUUGGGAAGUUCUUCGAUGUUACUUGGCGGGAUCUCUGAAUCUAGAUGAUGACAGGGCAACUUUGCAAAAGCUGUUUAACCAUCCGAACUUCCUCGAGGGCAAGAUCCCGCCACAAAAUGGACCAUACUACAAAUGCAACAAUACCAUUGUUAGAAAUACGCACUGCACUGCUCUGACGGGGAUGUUCGUAGCCGCAGCUAUCAAAGAACUGCGCCAUCAUGUGCUACCCAGUAUGGUUUCUCUCGUUCGACAUUAUACAUUGGUGGCUAUCGCUCAAGAAGCUGGACCGUUCGCGGGUACAGGCGGGCCAAAAGAAGGUCUCGAUGCGUUGGUGUUAGUUGAUGCGAUCGCUGUUGUGAUGGGUCAUGAAGAGAAGGAACUGUGCAAACCUGGUCAUUUGGCCUUGGUUUUGAUGAUAGAGACCGCAGCGACUGUGUUGGGAAGUAAAGAGCGAGCGUGUCGUUUACCUCUGAUGGAGUACCUAGCUGAGCGAAUGUCUGCCCUGUGUUACGAACGUGCGUGGUAUGCGAAACUGGGUGGUUGCAUUGCAGUUAAAUUUAUGUUUGAAAAGAUGGCUCCAGAGUGGGUCUACAAGCAUGUUUUCACAUUUUUGAAGGCGGUAUUAUUCGUUAUGAUGGAUCUGACUGGCGAGGUUUCCUCUGGAGCCAUUGACAUGGCGACUGUGAAUUUGGAGCGCUUAGUUCGCGUUUGUGUCACUGGGCCGGGUGGGCAAGGCGUGGAGCCUGAAGGGGACGUGGCCGCGGCAAAGGCUCGCGCUUUACACGAUGUCUUACAAGAACUAGUUCUUCAAGUCACUAGUCCACAUCUUCUUGUUCGACAACAGGCGAUGAAAUCGUUAGAACUAAUUGCGGAGCUACAAAAUAAAACAGUGACUGACGUGAUGGAUCCUCAUAGAGAAGUAUUGGCGGAUAUCAUACCGCCAAAGAAACAUCUGUUACGCCAUCAACCGGCCAACGCGCAGAUGGGUCUGAUGGACGGCACCACAUUCUGUACCACGUUAAAACCAAGAUUGUUUACAAUAGAUCUGAACAUAAACGAGCAUAAGGUAUUCUUCCGCGAGCUGCUGUCGCUCUGCGAGGCGGAGGACGCCAUGCUGGGCAAGCUGCCGUGCUACAAGGGCGUCAACCUGGUGCCGCUGCGUGCCUCCGCGCUGAAAGCCCUGGCCGCCUGCCACUAUAUACAGGAGAAGCACUGCCGAGAGAAGAUAUUCCAAGUGCUGUACAAGUCGCUUGAGAAGAAUGACCAGGAAUUGCAACAAGCGGGUUUCGAAUGCAUGCAAAAGUUCCUAUCAGGCUUCCAAAUAGACAUGGAAAUGGUUCAUCCAGUGAUGCGACCCUUACUGCUGACGCUGGGCGACCACAGAAACCUGAGCGUGAACGGUGCUAAGAGACUGUCCUAUUUGACACAACUCUUCCCCUCCACCUUCAGUGAAAAGCUGUGUGAACAGUUGCUGCAAUUGUUGAAGAAGCUUUUGGAUUAUUCAAUACAGACUAAUAGAGGUGGCAAUUUCCUCCAAAGUGUGUCCAAGAAUUUGGAGAAUGAACAGAAAAUCAUCAUAUUAAUCGGCAUAUUCCAUCAAAUUCCGGCCGCCUCACCUCGUUUUAUAGACGUAUUGUGUCGACUUAUAUUCCACACCGAGAAAUCUCUUCUGAUAGAGGCUGGUUCGCCGUUCAGGGAACCUUUAGUGAAGUUUUUACUUAGGUAUCCAAAGGAGACAUUGGAUCUAAUAAUGAGCGACAACAAUAUAAGAGACCAACAAUGGAGCCGUUUCCUCAUAUAUUUAGUCAAACAUUCCGAAGCGGGUCCACCGUUCAGGGAGGCUUUGCAUACAUCGAAGAAGGCUCGGCUUAUGCAACUGCUGGCAGCCAAUAGUCCUGGAACCACUGUUACUAUACCACCAGUGGAUAAGUCCGAGAUGCAGUUCCAAGCUGUCCGUGUGAUAUCGUUGCUGAUAAAGUUUGACGACCAAUGGCUUUCGACGCAGCACGAGUUGAUUGAGUUGCUCAAACGCAUUUGGUGCAGUGAUCAGUAUCACGAAGUUCACAAGAAAGUGGAAAAUGUCGACUGCACCCACUGGAAGGAACCAAAACUGAUAGUCAAAAUCCUGCUGCAUUACUUCUGCCAUCAUCCGUCCAACAUUGACUUGUUGUUCCAACUUUUACGAGCUCUGUGUGAUCGAUUUAUUCCAGAUUUCCAGUUUCUCCGAGAUUUCCUAGAAAACACAGUAGCCCAAAACUACACAGUGGAUUGGAAGCGAUCGGCAUUCUUCCGUUUUGUGGAUCAUUUCGCAAGCGACGCCAUGUCUCAGGAGCUCAAAGCGAAAGUGUUACAGAUGAUCCUAAUUCCAUGUUUUGCGGUCAGUUUUGAAAAAGGGCAGAAAAUAGUCGGAGGACCGCCAGCACCAUAUCAAGACAAUCCAGACAAUGUUGUAUCUGUGUUCAUAAAUAAUGUGAUAGAUCCAGAAAACCCGUUCGCAUGUUCCGACGCCGUUCGCAUUUCGUUGCUUCAGUUCGCGUGUCUGUUGCUGGAACAGGCUUCAGCCCAUAUUCAUGAUGCCAAUAACAAAAAACAAGGAAAUAAACUGCGUCGCCUAAUGACCUUUGCUUGGCCGUGUUUGCUUGGCAAAAACUACGUUGACCCUGCUACUAGGUAUCAUGGGCAUUUACUUCUCAGCCAUAUUAUUGCGAAAUUCGCUAUUCAUAAGCGUAUCGUAUUACAAGUAUUCCACAGUCUACUGAAGGCGCACGCCGUGGAGGCGCGAGCGGUGGUCCGCGCCGCGCUCGAGAUCCUCACGCCGGCCAUGCCGCAGCGGAUGGAAGACGGCAACACCAUGCUGACGCACUGGACCAAGAAGAUCAUUGUGGAAGAUGGCCACUCGGUGCAACAGCUGUUCCAUAUAUUGCAGCUCGUUGUGAGGCAUUACAAGGUAUACUAUCCAGUGCGUCACGCGCUGGUUGGACAUAUGGUGGCUGCGAUGCAACGCCUCGGUUUCUCGGCCACAGCAUCCUUGGAGCACCGUCGGCUCGCUGUGGAUUUGGCUGAAGUCGCACUAAAAUGGGAUCUGCAACGAAUACGCGAUCACACUCCCAUGGAUAUUGUGGUAGCGACAUCGCCAAGUGGCGCCAUGAAACGCAUGUCCUCGGACGAGAGCGGCAACGAAGCUCGCAAGGCGCUCAACACUGGCUGGGCGAGUCCGCAGGCGAGCGUGUCGCGCCUGGAGCCCGACGCCGCCAAACCGCUGGACAGGCAACAUGUUGACGUUGUUGUCAAUCUGCUGCUGAGACUGGCGUGCCAGGUGAAUGAAGGCGGUGUAGCGGGCGCGGGGGCGGCGACGGCAGCGGCGGCGGGCGGCGGGAGCGGCGCGGGCGGGUCGCCGGGCGAGCAGCUGUCGCGGCGCUGCGUGCUACUGUUGCGUGCCGCGCUCAAGCCCGACGUGUGGCCGCACCUCUGCGAGCCGAAGCUGGCCUGGUUGGAUAAGGUGUUCUCAACGGCGGACACGAACGCGGCCGCGUGCGCGAACGCGUGCACUGCACUGGAGUUGCUCGUGUUCUUGCUCGGAGUGCUGAGGCGGGAGCAGAUACUGCCCGCGCUCAAACCUCUGCAGCGAGGACUGGCGGCUUGCGUAGCUUCGUCCAAUGCGAAGAUUGUGCGGCUAACACACAACCUACUGGCCAAGUUGACUGCGCUGUUUCCUACUGAGCCAUCGGGAGCUGCACAAGCAUCAAAGUACGAAGAACUGGAAACAUUAUACGCGUGCGUGAGUAAGUACGCAUUCGAGGGGUUGGCUACGUACGAGAAGUCGGCGGGGGGUGCGGGCGCGGCCAGCGGUGCUGGCGCUCUGCUCGGCCCGCUGAUGAUGUUGAAGGCGUGCUGCGCGUCCAGCGCGGGGUACGUGGACCGGCUGCUGCUGCCGCUGAUGAGGGUGCUACAGCGGAUGGCGCGGGACCAUGUCGCGCCUAACCCAGACGCUGCUACUUCGGACUUGCUUAUAUUAGCAUUGGACCUCUUGAAAGCAAGGGUUUCAGUUAUGCCGGUUGAAACCAGGAAAACGUUUAUAGGAACAAUAUUGGUCGGACUUAUAGAAAAAACCAAUGAUGCCAAGGUAAUGAAAGCAAUCACCCGGAUGGUAGAAGAAUGGGUGAAAUGGAAAGGAUCGGCGGCCGGGGCGGCGCCCUCGUUGCGCGAGAAGUCCAUCCUGCUCGUCAAGCUGAUGCAGUAUGUGGAGAAACGAUUCCCGGAUGAUUUGGACCUGAACGCACACUUCCUGGACCUUAUUAAUUAUGUAUACAGAGAUGAGCACCUAAAACUGACGGAACUGUCAAUGAAGCUCGAACCAGCCUUCCUAGCGGGCUUGCGUUGUCCGCAACCGCAUAUACGUGCGAAGUUCUUCGAAGUGUACGACGGUAGCGUGCGCCGCCGCGUGUUUGAUCGUUUGCUCUACAUCAUCUGUUCGCAGAACUGGGAACACAUAGGACAGCACUUUUGGAUCAAACAGUGCUUAGAACUGCUGCUUGUUACUUGUGUCUCGAGCACACAAAUUCGUUUGUCGAACACUAAAUAUCUACUUCCAAACAUAGCAGCUGUAAUAAAUUGGGCAGAUAGUGAAGACAGAAAGUCCUUUGUUAUAUUCAGCACUGUGAAGGAGGAGUCAGCUGAUGGGUUCAGUGACUCCCUCGACCCUGAUAAGGAGGAUGUACUGGAUAUGGAUCUGGACUCUAGUUCCAACCAGAAGGAUGAUUUGACCAAGAAUGUGCCAAAUAGACAGCGAGCUCUAAAUCAAAUAGUAGCAAAGCAGUCGGAGUUCCUGGAGCUGGCGCGACGUGUGCGCACCGAGCAGCUGGUGGUGGCGACGGCGCAGCUGGCGCACAUGGACGACGCGCUGGCGCACCACACCUGGCUGCGACUGUUUCCUGCGCUGUGGUCCUCGCUAGACGACCGACAGCUUACAACAAUAAUGAACGAGAUAGUACCGUUUAUUAUAUCCGGAAUACACGUGAUUCAACGCGAUCAGCCGCUCAGCGCGCUCAACACGUUUAUCGAAGCACUGGCGCGAUGCACGCCGUCUGUUUCCAUUAAACCACCUAUGAUGAAAUAUCUUGGCAAGACUCACAAUUUGUGGCACCGAAUGACUCUAAACUUGGAACAGAUGGCUAUCGACCAGGCGAGCGGUCGCACGAGUCGGGAGACUUUAGAAAUUUAUGAUUACGAUGUCGAAACAACUCCACCCACGGAGAUUUUAGACUCUUUAAGUGACAUGUACGAAUUACUACAAGAAGAGGACAUGUGGUCUGGUCUUUGGCAAAAACACGCUCGAUAUCGAGAGACAAAUGUUGCAAUUGCGUAUGAACAGCAAGGCUUCUUCGAGCAAGCCCAGGCCGCGUACGACGUCGCUAUGGCCAAACUUAAACAAGAAUACUCAGCAAACCCGUCGACUUAUAACAUGCACAAGGAAUGUACUCUGUGGACUCAGCACUGGAUCAAAUGUGCCAAGGAGCUCAACCAAUGGGACUCGCUGUUGGAGCUCGGCUUGACCAGGAAUGUUCGAGAUCCAUUUUUGAUUCUCGAGAGUUCGUGGAGGAACCCUAAUUGGCCGACUAUGAAGGACGCACUCGCUGAAGUGGAGUACAAUUGUCCGAAGGAACUAGCGUGGCUAGUGAACCUGUACCGAGGGUAUCUGUGCAUAUGCGCGGGCGGCGAGCAGCAGCUGAGCGGCGUGGAGCGGCACGCGGAGGCGGCGGCGGCGCAGUGUCUGCGCGAGUGGCGCCGCCUGCCGCGCCUGGUGUCGCACGCGCACCUGCCGCUGCUGCGCGCCGCGCAACAGCUCAUGGAGCUCAGCGAGGCCGCGCAGAUACACACCGGACUACUUCACAGUCGGCCCACGUCGCUGCACGACAUGAAGGCCAUAGUGAAGACGUGGCGCAACCGGCUGCCCGUGGUGGCCGACCCGCUGUCGCACUGGGGCGCCAUCUUCACGUGGCGCCAGCACCACUACCAGUUCAUCGCGUCGCACUACGACUCGCAGACCGACCACGCGUCCAACCACAGCAUGCUCGGCGUACAUGCCAGCGCUCAGGCAAUAAUACAUUUUGCAAAGAUUGCAAGAAAACACAAUUUAUCCGGUGUAUGCUUGGACUCAUUACACCGAAUUUAUACAAUACCCAGCGUGCCCAUAGUGGACUGUUUUCAGAAAAUACGACAACAAGUCAAAUGCCAUAUCCAAAUGUCGUGGACUGAAGGAAAAGACGAAUUACAGGAAGGAUUGGAUAUGAUAGAAUCUACCAAUUUCAAGUAUUUCACUAAAGAAAUGACUGCGGAGUUCUACGCGUUUAAAGGGUUGCUUUUGGCCCAGUUGGGAAGGUCAGAGGACGCGAACAAAGCGUUCGCAGCAGCUGUACAGUUACACGAUACGUUGGUCAAAGCCUGGGCCCUGUGGGGUGAUUACUUGGAGAAAAUAUUCAUAAAGGACCCGCGACAAACGCAAGUGGGAGUAUCGGCGAUGACGUGUUUCCUCCAUGCUUGCAGACAUCAGAAUGAAUCGAAGUCCCGAAAAUAUUGUGCCAAGGUCCUUUGGAUGCUGAGCUUCGACGACGACAAGAACAGCCUCGCCGACGCUCUGGACAAGUACUCGGUGGGCGUGCCGCCGGUGCAGUGGCUGCCGUGGAUACCGCAGCUGCUGGCCUGCCUCGUGCAGUACGACGGGAAUGUCAUACUCAAUCUGUUGAGUCAUGUGGGCCGCCUGUACCCGCAAGCGGUGUACUUCCCGAUCCGCACUCUGUACCUGACGCUGAAGAUCGAGCAACGCGAGCGACACAAGACAGCGGAAAACCAUAACUCGCCCGCCACCUCCACUGCCAGCACACCGAGCGUAAAAGCCAACGAAGGCGCGUCGACGUCGAGCGGCGCGAGCACGAGCUCCAGCGAGGCGGGGCCCAUCAAAGCCACGCUGCCCAUGUGGCGCUGCUCCAAGAUCAUGCAGCUGCAGCGCGAGAUACACCCCACCGUGCUGUCCUCGUUGGAGGGCAUCGUUGAUCAGAUGGUGUGGUUCCGCGAGAACUGGUACGAGGAAGUGCUGCGGCAGCUGCGCGCGGGGCUCGCUAAGUGCUACGUGGUGGCGUUCCACCACCGCUCCGCCGUCGCCGUGGCGACCGUCACGCCGCACACGCUCAACUUCAUCAAGAAGGUCGUCUCCACCUUCGGCAUCGGCAUCGGCAUAAAAAGUGUUACAAGUACUGUAAGUGGUGCAUUCUCUUCAGCCGCGUCGGAGUCGCUCGCGCGGCGGGCGCAGGCCACGGUGCAGGACCCCGUGUUCCAGAAGAUGAAGAGCCAGUUCACCGCCGACUUCGACUUCACGCAGCCCAACGCCAUGAAGCUGCAGAACCUCAUACAGAAGCUGAGGAAGUGGGUCAAGAUACUCGAGGCCAAGACAAAGGUUCUGCCCAAAUCAUUCCUUAUCGAAGAAAAGUGCAGGUUCCUGUCGAACUUCAGUCUAAAGACGGCUGAAGUAGAGUUACCGGGAGAGUUCUUACUGCCAAAACACACUCACUACCAUGUGAGGAUCGCACGCUUCAUGCCGCGUGUCGAGAUCGUCCAGAAGCACAAUACAUCUGCCCGUAGAUUGUACAUACGAGGUCACAAUGGCAAGAUAUACCCUUACCUGGUGGUCAACGACUCUGGGCUAGGGGACGCCAGGAGAGAAGAGCGCGUGCUCCAACUGCUGAGGAUGCUGAACCACUACCUCGGCAAACAGAAAGAAACUUCCCGAAGGUUUUUGCAUUUCACCGUGCCGAGGGUGGUGUCGGUGUCGCCUCAGAUGCGUCUCGUGGAGGACAACCCCAGCUCGAUCUCUCUACUGGACAUCUAUCGCACUGAAUGCGCUAACAGGGGCGUGGAAUACGACGCGCCCAUAUCUCGGUAUUACGAGCGACUCGCAGCUGUACAAGCGCGCGGCUCGCAAGCCUCACAUCAAGUAUUACGGGACAUCUUACGAGAGGUACAAGCAACGAUGGUGCCACGUGGACUUGUCCGUGAAUGGGCGGCCCGCACUUUCGCCGCGCCCACGGACUAUUGGACUUUCCGCAAGAUGCUGACCCUGCAGCUGUCGCUCGCCGCGUUCGCGGAGUACGUGCUCCACCUGACGCGACUGAACCCGGACAUGCUCUACGUACAUCAUGACUCAGGAUUGCUCAACGUCGCCUACUUCAAGUUCGAUGUGGAUGACACCACAGGUGAGUUGGACGGAAACCGGCCCGUGCCGUUCCGCCUGACGCCCAACAUCUCGGAGCUGAUCACCAACAUGGGCAUCACGGGCCCGCUCACAGCGUCCGCCAUCGCCGUGGCCCGCUGUCUCGUCACACCCAACUUUAAGAUCGAGUCCAUCUUAAGAACAAUAUUGCGGGACGAAAUGAUAACCGGCUACCGGAAACGUCUGGAGGACAAAUCGGGCAUACCGACCGCGGGCACUUCCACCGACAGCAAACCCAUGGAGAUGGACAACGAGACCAUCAUCAACAUGGUGACUAAAGCGGUGACCGUGAUAAUGAAUAGACUGAACUCCCUAGCCCUGUUCGACGGGCCCGACAGCAAAGUGGCGACACUCGUCACGGCGGCCAAUAGCCACGACAACCUUUGCCGCAUGGACCCCGCUUGGCACCCGUGGCUGUAAACCAGGGGCGUAGCUAGCGCCGCAUCUGCCGUAUCAAUGAUAAGAGGUCCCCGGACCUCUAAAAUGUAAUCUACAAUGUUACUUAAUUUGGGUUGUGCUUCCCGGGAAUAAAAACGUACAAAAAACUGCAGAAAUGGCAAAAGAAAAAAAAGCAAUACUUUAUGGUAGGGUAAAUCAAAAACUAAAGAAUUUUUUUGGGAUUUGCCGCUCGUCUAUCGGGUCCCCCAACUAAUUUUGAUAAAUGGCCCUCUAAGACACGCUACUUAUAUCCUAAUAAUGCCAAAACAGAGAGAAAUUUAAAAAAAACAUCGUCCUUUUAAUGCCUAUACUUGAGAAGGCGGAUAAACAAGUAAUAGAGAUCAUUUGUGGCCGUUUUCGUUACUAUGGCAACAGCCUAGCUGACCUUUAUCGUCUUAAUUCCAUGAAUGCCAAGCUGGAGUAUUUAUAGAAGUAAACGUAAUGGAGAUGUUAUAUUCUUGAAGACUAAAAUAGCAUAUGAAGAAUCCAGUCAUGAGAAAAUGCAAACUUUUGUUCAUGUUAACCAUCGUGGUCAUGACCCUAUUGGAGUUAAGGUUGUAGGUUUUGAAAAAUUCACUCCAAACUUUUUUUACGUUUAGCGUCAACUAGUUGGCCAUCUCUUAAAGACGGACAGCACUUGAAGUAAAACAUAAAAAACUUAAUGAAACACAAUGUGUUUGGAUAUUCCCGGACUUUUAACUCUCUAAAAAGAACACAUUGAGAGGUUCCAAUUAUGGCAUAUAUGAAUUAUUAUUACCUUCCAUUACAACACAUUCAUACACUACUUGUGCAGUGACUAUGGAGCAAAAUACAUGACGUCACACUGAAAAGUGACUGGAAAUGACGAAUAAAACGUGAAUAUUUGAGAUGAAAAAAUAUUUAGAUAUUAUAAAAUAUUAAUUCUAAUAAAUAUGGUAUGAUUAAGUUCGUCAUUGAAGGUCGCGAUCAUGGUGAACGAGGUAGGUCAUUGACUUCGACAAAUAUGACUAAUAACGUCGUCUUAUGUUAAUAGAUCUUGUUUAUUAGUUAAAUAUUAUGUUAAUUUAAGUUCACGCAGUACACUAAAAAAGGGCUUACAAGUAUGUGAAAUUAUAUUGUAAUUAUUAGCCACAAAUAAAUGAAAUACAAAAUAGUAAGUUACUUAUGCCACUGCGUAUAUAAACAAUUUAUUUUUAACAUAAAAUAAUGUAUUGUCUCAUAAUGCUGCCGGUGCCCAUAUUUCGUAUUAUUAGCGAUUUAUUUUGUAUUAUUUUUAACGUAUUGACAAACAAAAUAUCAUAUAAUAUUUUCUUAUAGCAAUAUUUUAAAAAUAUUGUUAUUUAUAAAUUAUGUAUAUGACAUUACAUAUUUGUCCAGUUUAUUAUUAGGUUCCAUACAUUUUUUCCCAUCAACUAUUAUAUAGCUUUUUUCCGCAAAAACCUCGCUUAACUGACAAAAUACAAUGUCAAGUUUCAAUCUGACAAUGUUCAAAGCGAACUGUGCAAGCUACAUGUACGUUUUACCGCACAGUUUUGCUAGAUUUUUUAUGGUUAGAUUAAUUAAGUUAUUUUUAGGAAAUAUUAAAAUUAGUUUAGUCAAAUAAUAAUAAUUGUUUUAACUCUCUCCAGGGUUACUGUUGUGAAAAGAAUACAUGUAAAUAUUUAUUUUAAUUUGUAUGUAGCUUAAUAUAAAAGUUAAGAGAAUUUUCUUUUUUUUAAGUACUUAAGUUAUGAAAUGAAUUUUUACUGCAAACAAUACAAUCGUCAAUUACGAACAUAAAUUACAGAUUUCCUGGAUAUAUCAAAGAAUCACCUGCAACAAUAGAAUGUAUUUGAUUACCUAGCUUAAUGUCCAUAAAAUCUCUAUAUUAUGCAUACAGUUUGUGCAGACAAGCGUUUGACAGUAGACAAUUCAAACAGAGCGCUGUGGCCCCUUAUGUGUGAAAGCAAAAAUUAGUAAAAUAAUAUUAAAUCCACAUUCACAAUCUCACUUAUCUGGUGCGUCCCGAAAAAAAACACGUUACUUUAGAAAUGACAAAAGUCAAAAAAUUUAGCGUGCGCCCAACCACAAAGUUGGAAACAAUCUACUAAUAUAUGGUUCGUAUUGGGCCCCCCAACUAAUUUUUAUUCAGGGCACGCUACGCCACUGGUGUAAAACUAAAGUCGAAGCACCGCCAUUGGUUGAAAUUUGUCUAUUUUUUCUUUAUGAGAUUAUCUCAUUGCUCGUAUGAUAUUUCCACAGGUGUGUCAAUUUAUUACUACAUCUAAAAUCAAACGGAAUCCCGUUUGACUAUGCAAGAGGUCUCAUAUUCAUAAGUUUUUUUUAACUGUGUACCCAGAGCUACAUUUUUUUAAAAUAAUAUUUGCCAUAUAUUUUUUUUUAAUAUGACCAAUAUUCCCAUUCCCCUCCAAAUAGACGGGAAAGACUGUACUAGGAGUGGGUACGACAAUAGAUCAACGGUGCGGGGAUCGAAGAACCACCCCUCGGUGAUGAGUCCAACCGCUCUUACCGUUGAGAUAUUGAGGCUCUAAACAUUGGUAGGAAUGGACGGAUUUUCGCCUUGCAUUAGUUCAUGUAGUGAUUGUCUAUUAUUUAUCUGUUUCAUGACGUAACUUUAACAAACCCUUCAUCAAACGGAGCGACAAUUUGACAAAAAUAUUAGAUAACAUUGUGACGUCACUAAAAUGCGUUUUUGACGUUUGGAAAAUUUAAAAAAAUACGUGUUAUUUAAAUUGAGUUUUAUAAGAAAUCCUUAAUUUUUAUUAUUUGAUAGCGAUAUAUUUCGGACCCUUAUUCCAUGUACACGAAAUUAAUAUUGUUUAUAUUAAAUUUGAGUCGACUACCCUAUUUUAUUUAUAACCGACUAAUACAAGAAUCAACUAAAGGAAUAGCAAUAAGAGCUGAAUGAGCUUAAGAAUGACUUGUACAGUUAGUUCACUAUACCCAUCUCUUACCUAUACAAAAUAAUGUCUAAUUAUGACAUUGUUAAUACUUCAUAUUAGAAAAUUCUGAAAGCUGCAUAACCUGAUCUGAAUCACUGUGCAAGCCAUCGAUCUUAAGUUAAGUAAAUUCUCUUCUCUGGUUAAGUAAAUUGUAAACUGUUAUUUUAUUAAGUCUAUUAAGGGUCAACGCACAACGAGCGUUAAACUCAUCUCGCUUGCCGGCAAUAGAUGCAAUCUCAUUUAGAGCGACAGAAAGGAUUUUCUUUGUUGUAUUUGAAGUAGCGGAAACAGGAAUGUUAAGCUCAAUAGUAAUUAGAAAAUAUAGUUAAAUAAUUCUAAAUACACGCUGUAUGGAGUUAAACGCUCAGUCAGCGCUGGCCCUUAGAUAUUAAAGUUACUUGUUACGACUUACGAAUGUAAAUCAUUUGAAUCAGACUCAUUAAACAAGUGCACUGUAUGUCAUCAAUAAAGUUUUAAAUCUGUA